CUCAUAUUUGUUGUCAAGAAAGCUAGUCUCUUACUAUAUUUGGUGGCCUUUUUUUCAAAACCCAACAUAGAUUGAGCAUCUCUAAGCCAAGCAAAAGAGACCCAUCAUCCCUACAUAAGAAAAGAGCGUCCAUUAUUGUUGAAAAAAUGGCAUGCAUACCUUCACAAUUGCCAUUGGAUCAACAGCAAUCAUCUCAAAAGAUGAUUCGCAUGAAGAGCUUGGGACUAAGGGCAAGUCAGGAUAACCCAUUAAUCGACUGUGAUGAUGAGCUUUCCAAAUCAGCCUUGUUUGCUUUUCGUGCUAAAGAAGAAGAGAUCACAAAGAAGAAGAUGGAAGUCAAGGAGAGAGUUCAAGCUCAACUAAGUCGCGUUGAACAAGAAACCAAAAAGUUGGCUGAAAUUCGCAAUGAUCUUGAAUCCCUAGAUGAUCCAAGUUGGAAGGAAGGAGCAAAUGUAAGAAAGAAGGUUGACUUGGUCAAUAAAGAACUAAAGUCGUUAGGACAAAAUUGUCUUAAAAAGGAAAAAGAAUAUAAAGAAGCAGUUGAGGCAUUCAACGAGAAAAACAAGGAGAAAGCUCAGCUAGUUACCAGAUUAAUGGAGCUUAUUACUGAAAGUGAAAUGGCGAGGAUGAAGAAACUUGAAGAGAUAAACAAGAAAUUGAAUCCUUUGCCAAAACAUAAUUGAUAAUAUAUAAAACAGUUGUAUUUAAUUAAUAUUUCACCAUAACAUUAUUAUAAAAAUGUUAAAUGACUGCUUAAAUUGUAAGACAACUUAAGGAGGGAAAGUGUUUGUGCUUAGGGCCGGGGUUUAAGGUUGCAUAUGUAAAACAACCAUUUACAUAUCUCGUCUCGUCAUAUGUUUGGUUUAAUUUGAAAUUUCUAAUUUUUA